AUGGCCCCUACUCUCUAUAUCGCCGACGACACAUGCUCUCGCGCCGCUCAGUUGGUCGCAAACGAGCUUGGCAUUGAGCACGAACUGGUUCACUUUGAUGUGUUCGGCAGGACCACAUCCAGCGGCGAGAACUUUGCUGCUGUCAACCCUCUGCUCUACGUCCCUGCCCUGAAGCUGGAAAACGAGACCAAGGACGUCAUCUCCGAGACCAUCGUCAUCUGCUCUUACUUCGCUGACCAGAAGCCUGAGGCUGGCUUGAUCCCCGCCGCUGGCACCCUGGAGCGUGUCAAGUACGACCAGUUCCUCGUCCAGCUGGCCACUGAGAUUGCUCAGAAGCACAUUCCUCUUAUGCGCAAGCUCAUGACCCCUGAGGGAAUCGAAUUCCACUCCAACAAGCUCCAGAAGGCAUACAAGCUCCUUGACGACCGUCUGGCUAAGACCCCCUACCUAUUCGGCGACAGCCUCACUGUUGCCGACGCCUAUGUCUGGGGCACUUUCUGGAAUUCCCGCUCCGGUGUCGACCUGUCUAACCUCGAGAACAUCGCCGCCUGGAAGACUCGCCUUGAGGCUCGCCCCGCUGCCCUCAAGACGCUCAAGGAAGAGGCUGAGAUUGUCGCAGUCCACAAGGCCCAGAUCGCGGCCAGCGCUUAA